GCGAUCGAAUCCGAAUUCCGAAUUCCGGAGCCAUGCUCUUCGGGCAGCCGGGGGUGGAUCCCCGCAUCCAGACCAGCUUCGACAGCCUGGAGGAUUUGCCCUGGGCCAGCACCUACCACAGCUACCAGCCCCACUUGGGCUUCCAGCACAUGCACCGGGGCUGUGCGAGCAUGGCGCCGCACCCUUGGCACGCCUUCGCGCCGGAUGCUGAGCUGCACGCCUUCGCCUUCGUGAUGCCAGGCAAUGACCACACCUCUGUGGUGCCAGAAGAUUGGAACGGUUGGCUACCUCCACAUCCGGAACAGAUGAGUGGCGAGCCGCCCACUCCGAGGGCAAAGAGUAGGAAAGAGGCGCGGAAGCAUAAGCGCCCAGCGCCAAAGAUCAGUGAAGAGGUGGCGAGACGAAUGCAGUCGCAGCUUCAGAGUGCCACACGAGGGGUGUCACUCAGGAAGAUCUUUGGCAAGUAUGAUGCUGACCGCAGCGGCACGUUGACCUCGGUGGAGCUGAAGAAGCUGAUCCGGAAAGAGCUGCGCAUCAGCCUGGCGGUGGUCAGCGACGCCGACGUGGAGAACUUGGCGGCGGCGCUGGACGGGGACCACACAGGCAACAUUUCGGUGGACGAGCUCCUGUCCUUCAUCGAGCGGGGCAGCGCUACCUUCUUUUCGUCUCCGAAGGCUGGGCUGCGAGGAUUGGUGGUCAGGAGCCUUCCCUUCCGGAUGAUGACUCGAAAGAGGAGAGGCCCAAGUCCAGGGAUAGCAGUCACGAUGACGAUGAUACUGACGGCUCUGAGAAGAAGGCUCCGACCACGGCGCGCAGAUCGUCAAAGACGAUCCUGGCCUCGACCAAGGAGCCCUACAACCGAUUCAUCUACCGGCCCUUGACCCCGCCCUGUGGAGGUAGCCUCAUCACCCUUGCGCCGAUGAAAACUCCCCGCGAUCGCCAAGCGAAUGCUCGGGCAAAGGACAAGGAAGCCGGAGCAAAAGUCGAGGCCAAAGCCGAACCCAAAGGUGGCCCCUUGUGGCAGCCGGGGAAGGGAGGAGCUUCCUCCGCCCAGAAAGCGCCACGCAGGAGAGCCCUGCCUUUAGCGGGAAACAUGGUUACGAAAGCGCCCUGAGACGCUUUGAGACCUUGGGCCUCCAAAUAGCCAUAGUUUGAGACCUAGAUGGGUAUGGCUCAAAAUUGAACAGCUGGG